AUGCAGAACCUGAUGGAUGGCAAAAGCUACCGUAACCUCAUGGACAAGUUGUCCAUCUGUACUGAGACUCAGCGCAUACAGCUGGCUAGGCCUUUCAGUGCCGACCCAGUGGUCGCCUUUCACGUGUACCCAGAAACACCAAACCAGGUCACUUGCUCUGAAGAUUUGUCAUUCCUUCCUUUCAUGUCUGAGCAUCUCAUCGCGGAGAACUUCUACAGUGAGCCCUGCACCUUUCCCUACCAAAUGCCCCACUCCAAUUACCGCAGAAGUGAGUACUCCUAUGGGCCAGCUUUCAUCAGAAAGAGGAAUGAGAGAGAAAGACAGAGGGUUAAAUGUGUCAAUGAAGGCUAUGCUAAACUGAGGCAUCACCUACCUAAGGAAUACUUGGAGAAACGGCUCAGCAAAGUAGAGACGCUCCGUGCUGCAAUAAAAUACAUCAGCUACCUACAGUCUGUUCUGUACAGUGAUUCUGUGGUGGCAGAAAAAAAUGUCAUAGAGCCAAGCCAAGCACCUAAAGCAAUUAACAAACAAAGCCAGUUUUUGAAGACGAUCUAAACCAUUCCAAACCAAGCAAAAGGUAUCCUGUCUAGGAGCCUAGUAGCCACUACAUCGUUAAUGACGUGCACGUUCCUGGCACAUCUUAAGAGCAGAUCACAGCAUGUGUCAGUAUAAGCCCACAGAAAAGAGUUUUGAUUUUGCAGAUAGUAACUACACUUAGAUACGAAAAAGACAACUGAGGAAAUCUCAUCUGAAUGGCCUAAGUUAGUUAAUUCAUGGAAAUCAGAAAACAUUUCUAAAAUUGUCAUCAAACCAAAAAUGUAAUACCUAAAUGUGUGAAGUAACUGUAUGUAUCAUCACAAACUGCAUGCUUCAAAAUAAAAUCUUUCUACUGAUGG